UGGUCACGAAGGCAAGGUAUAUAUAGGCUUGACCUUGAGUCAACACAUGCUGAGGACCGGUCGUCUGAUUAAAAUCUUUGAACUGAGAGGUUCACUUAGUGGACUGCAACAGUUUUUCUGCCUGCAGUGAUGAAGGGAAACAUGAUGGUCUUUGCUUCACUGCUCCUUUGCUGGAUGCUGCCUGUAGACUCCAUGACGAUCCGAUACAACUUAAUUCUACGAGAUGCCCAGGACAUGCCAUGGAGCAAGACCAUCAAAUUGAGCAUGGCUGAAGAUUCAGUUGAUGACAUGUACUUUGACUGCAAUAAUGAAAUGGCGCAAAAAGUCAACAACACAUACUUUGAGGAAGAAAAGAGCAUGGCUCUAUUUGGACAAGCCUGGAAAGAUGCAGAAACUUGCAGUGAAGACAGACUAAAAAAGAGAGAGAAAGAGGAUAAAGCUCUAACCAAAGAUCACAUGCAAGCAAUCUGUGUUUAUACAGCUGACAAAGUGUAUAAGGAGUUUAAUGUUGUAGUCCGGAAAGAAAGGAGCAAGUACAGUAGUUCCUCAUUCCAAUUCCACUCUUUACAUUUCCUGCUGACAUCUGCCAUAAAGAUCUUGAACAGAAAUUUCCACUGUCACACUACUUACAGAAGAACCAGAGAUAAGUUCACUGGCAAAGUCAACCAAAUAAUUCGGUUUGGGUCCUUUACCUCCAGCUCUUACAGAACAGACUUAAAACUGUUUGGUGACAAGACCUGCUUUAAAAUUAAGACAUGUUUAGGUGCUUUUUUGAAAAACUAUUCACGUUAUGUUGAAGAGAAAGAAGUGCUCAUUCCCCCCUAUGAGAUGUUCAAGAUAACUAAGACAUUUAAAGGUAAGGGUAAAAUUCAAGGUCUGGAGGAUUGUAAAACUGUCUAUGAAAUGGAAAGUGCAGGAUGUAAGAGCAAUCUGAACUGCAAGGCUGCGUACCCAUGAGAGUGGUUCUUCUCUAACUGGUGGAAAGCACCAUUCUGCCAUCUUUAAACAAUAAUUCAAUAUGUAACUUGCUCAGGGUUUGUUUGAUCAUUGUGGGGCUUAUGUUUUACGCAGUCCUCUGGCAACAUAUUACAAUGUCUUCCAUUCCACAAGACAUUUUUUAUAAGUUGUUGGAAAUUGCCUAAAUUCCUGCUUCCUAUCAAACUAUCAUUAAACUGCUUA